AUGUGGACUCUCGAAGCGACGGGCGACUUCCUGAACGUUUGCCAUGGCAGCGCGAGCCGAUCAAUCUCGCGGCAGCAUAUGUCCAUCGAGGUGGCCUGCGUGAAAUCUCACGAUGGAACUCGAACACACGUCCGCACUCAGAUUACCAUCACCGACCUCGGAUCUUCUAAAGGAACAUUUGUGGAUGGAGAAAGGAUCACAGGAGAGCGCAUUCUGGAGGGGCCGGAACACAGCAUUGUCCUCGCAAAGGCGACGCAUACUCUUCGCCUGAAAUGGGAACCUGUGGUGCUCACGUUCUCAUUCUCCUCAAAGGAGAUGCGGGCAAAUGACCCUCUCGCCAAAGUUCGUGCUCGUCUAGAAGAGCUGGAUAUCAAGACCAUCAUCCCAUAUCUGGUCGACCAGACCACGCAUGUGGUACAAAGCAAACGAAAUACGGCCAAGGGUCUUCAAGCGUUGAUCAAUGGCAAACACAUCGUCAAGAACUCAUUCCUCGACGCCAUCGAAUACGCCACAACCCCGACAGAUCUCGGAACCCAGCAAGAGAUCUCGCCGCUGGAAUCUGACUUUGACGCUGCCUGGCCAGAUCCGGCAGAACACCUGCCCCCGCCUGGGAAUGAGCCGACCAGUCGUUCUGCCUCUGCUUUCGCUCCGAAUUCGGACCGCAUCAAUGUCUUCGAUAAAUACACAUUUGUCUUUGGGGAUGCCAGCCAAUUCGAAAACUUGCAGCCGGCAAUCAACAAUGGUCAUGGGAAAGCCCUUUAUUAUGAGAUCAAGGAUGGUGAGACAACAGCAGCCGACAUUGUGCAAUUCAUGAAAAAGGCCGGAGGCAGCCAGGGUGUGGGGGCCGAGCGAACUGGCCCAGGCGGUGUUGUGUUGGUGCGGUUCCGGUCUAAAGGCGAUUACGAGAAUUGGUCGGUUAAAUUGGGAAACGAAGUAGCUCUCGCGAUCGACCAGCGGUCCAUCGAGCAGAGAGAGUUUCUGGAUGCCAUUUUGAACAACGAUGCCAAACCACUAUGCCGCCCACUGCCUCGCGAAGAAGUUUCCAGCCAGGUCUCCCCGACUCCAACGCCUGCAGUUGAACUACCACAACCAGCAGCUGUCUCAGAGGAGCCUUCUCCGUCUUUGACGCCCCACGAGCAGACUCAGCCGGCUCCAUCACGAGCCAAGUCGUCUCGCGAGCGGAAGUACGUGAGCAAGAUGAAAACCUUUGACGAUGGUUUUGAUAUGGAGUCCAUUCCUGUUUAUGAGCCAGGGAUGGAUGAACCGGAGCAAAGUCAAUCCAUGGGACUUGAUCCUAUUGAACAACCCCAGCCCAACCAGACACUCCCUACUGUGGAGGAAGAAGAAGGAGGAGAAGGAGCGGAAGAUGACGCCGUGUCUGAUCUGCUUCCUGGGGCACAGGCCAUGAAACGCCGGCGAGCUGCUCAGGGAGAUGACGAGGCACGUACUGCUUCUAAGCGCGUGAAGACAGAAGUGGCUCCCAAACCUCGACGUCGCAAGAUGGACGUCCUAGAAGAGGCACGCAAACAUCGCGAAGAAGAGGAAAAACAGCACGAGGAGGAGCUACAUCCAUCACAGAAUGUCGACAUUGAAAAGCUUCGAAACCUUGCCAUUGUUGAAGAGAUGGAUAUCCCCGUCCGACAACCUCCAGUCCGGGAAAAUGACCAGUCAAACCGAUGGGAUGAGCAAUGGAAUGGCCGCAAAAACUUUAAACGAUUUCGCCGCAAAGGCGAGCCACGCCAUGCUCGACAACGGGUACAAAGUGUGAUUGUCCCUUUGGAGGAGGUCACCCGCAAGGACUACGGAAUCGGCGACCACUAUUGGAGCAGCAGCAGCAAACCAUCUGAAAGGGAACAGCCCAGCCAGACAUUAAAGCCAUCAGCUUCUAGUCGUGAUGAACUAGCGACGUCACAGUCUCAACUAUCCGUGCCAGAGGCGUCUACGCCGAAUCCCACGCCUGGCACUCAAAGCACACUCUCUCGCAGUCGCAGUCAGAAACGACCUCGCGAAGUGGCGGACGCAGAGAGUGAAGAAGAAGGUCGCUUCCGGUUCCGACGCAAGCGCUAG